AUGUCGUCCACAAACCCAGACCCCUCCGCCUCCGCCCCGGCCUUCAUCCCUCUCGAAGCCAACCCAGAGCUCAUGACGACGCUCCUGCACAAGCUGGGCCUGUCCCCCGCGCUCGCGAUCCACGACGUCUUCUCCCUCACGGACGCCGACAUGCUCUCCUUCAUCCCGCGGCCCGCCCUCGCCGUGCUGCUCGUCUUCCCCGUCAGCGCCGCCUACGAGAGCCACCGCCUGGCCGAGGACGCGCUGCUCGAGGAGUACCAGGGCAAAGGGCCGCAGGAGCCGGUGCUCUGGUUCCGCCAGACGAUCCGCAACGCGUGCGGGCUGAUGGGGCUGUUGCAUGCGGUCAGCAACGGGCCUGCGCGGGAGUAUAUCCAAAAGCCUUCCGAUUUGAACACGCUGCUCGAGAACGCUGAGCCCCUCGACCCCGUCGCCCGCGCACAGCUCCUCGAGAAAACGCCCGCGCUGGCCACGGCGCACCGUGAGGCGGCUUCGCAGGGCGCGACGGAGGCCCCGCAGGCGGCGGACGAAAUCGAUCUGCACUACGUCUGCUUUGUGCGCGGCAACGACGGCACGCUGUGGGAGCUUGAUGGACGGCGCAAGGGACCUCUGGCGAGGGGGCAGUUGGAGGAGGGCGAGGAUGUGUUGAGCGAGAAGGCGCUUACUUGGGGACCGUUGAAGUUCUUGGAGAGAGAGGGUGCCGAUUUGCGGUUUAGUGCUGUUGCGCUGGCUGGUUCUAUGGAUUAA